AUGCCAACUCCGUAUGUCACUCAGGAGAUGACCAGGGUCAUCCCCACUUUCCCCGACCGUGAAAGUUACGAUACUGUGAUUGUUGAUAGCGGUUACUCUCCUAAUGAUCACUUAAGUUACAGCCGCUACGAAUACGAGGCCAACUACCCGACGUCGUACUAUCAAGUGAGUUUGUUAUCAGUUACCUUGCGUUGUUAUCACAUAUUUUGUAUGUUAUUUCACUUUUUAUUGUAAAUUUUAUUAAAUUUAAUUCUUUCUUAUGUCUACUACACAUUACCCUGUAACCCACCGUAAGCCUCAGCCCAAGACAGUAGGUAUUGAUUAGAUUUAAGGAAAGGCUUCGUAUUAAGUGUUUUGUAAUUGAACAUCUGGUGCGUCCUUACAUUCCAGCACGUCGUAUCUUGGGGUUACCAUAACUACGGGCCCAGAUUUUGUUUUAUGCGAGUUAAGUGUACAUCUCGCCUACAACAACAAGUUGAGGCUUGAACGGACUUCCGGUUUGCUUUGACCAGUUCCGGCCAAGUCCAUUCGUCUGAAUGGAGUUGUUACAGUUGCGGCGAUUUGCAACAAUUACUCGGCUCUUUCUAAAACUCUUUAAGAGAUUUGUCAUUAUUCUUGUUAUACCUGUUUAACCACUAAUUAAGGUAAUAAUAUCUUUUACCUUUUUAACUUUAUUUUGAUUUCAUCAGCAGACAUGUCGUGUUGUAAUCAUAUUGUACUUGCAAUUUGUUUUCAAACUUUGUAACUUUAAUCUUCAGCACUACCAGCCAGUCCAAUCCGAAUCCCAGAAUGGCUAUCUCCUGGACACCCAACAGAACUCGCCCUUAUCCAGUAACGAAGAUAAUGUGGGCUCUCUCGGCCACACGGCCCGAACCCCGCGUGCUACGGUAGGUAUUCAGAUGAAGGGUUUCCUUCUUCUCGAUUUCGUAUCUAACUCACACUUUCCAGCUGGACUGGCUGAACGAGCAUUACGAACAGUACGAAGGGUCUUCGCUGCCACGAUGCACACUCUACGAACAUUACCAAAAGUAGGUAUUAGUGUCAAUUCUUAAAAUGGCACUAGGCUAUCAUUUGGUUAUGUAGCGGAUAUUAGCAUGGCUAAGCUUUUGCCUUAAUUUAACUUAGCUCAGUACCUAUAUAAGUCAGUUAUUUACAUCCAACUUCUAAACUAUGGGUAUGUUAUCACAAUAAUUCCCUCUGUCACAAUAUCCUAACCUUUCACCUUCAGACACUGUCAAGAAUCCGGCUUGGAGCCAGUGAAUGCGGCUUCGUUUGGAAAGCUGAUCAGAAGCGUGUUCAAGGGCCUUCGUACUCGCCGGCUGGGUACUCGAGGCAACUCCAAGUACCACUAUAAUGGAAUCAGAAUAAAGUUGUCGAGCCCACUGAACGACCAUGUAUCGGCCGAAGAGUACAACAGGAUGCAUCCCAACAGUGGACAGCCUCGGGCACCGUGAGUUAUAUCAACUUCACAUUUUUUGAGUAUUAAAAACACCUUUUGCUCAAAAGCUUUGAAAACUAGUGAAAGAAAUGACCGUAUUUUACAUUUAGCAGACGGCUCACGAACGCGGCCAGUAGCAACCGCUCGUCUUCUUCUGCAUCAAGCAACAGCUACCAGCAUAAGUAAGUCGAACUCCAUAUUUUUUACUCUCUAUGGUGCUUAUCUCUAGCUUGAAUUUAGAUUUUGGUCUUGAUUGUGCAAUUUAAGGCUUCAGAUUUAUUUAAUAUUUCAAAAAAUUUGAAUUCCUUAAACUCAAAUUUCAUAAAUAGGUAAUUCUUCUAAAUAAGUUACUCUACUCUAACCCUAUUAUUACUCUGGACCUUUCUUAGAGCAAAAACUUGUGUGAAAUCCAGUUGAAGCAUACGGUAGCAGGCGCUUUGUCCUUUCCUUUAUUCGCGCACUCAUGGGCUUCUUGAGACUUGCUCCGUUAACCCUCAAUUAGGUGCACCUGGUUGUUCACGGAACAUUUAAUAAAAGGGGAUUAUGCACUUUUAAUGUGUUUUUAUGCAGGAUCGACCCGUCGUUCAACGAGCGCGGCCAAUUUCCCAACGAGAUGGCCUACGACCCCCUGACCAUCGCCCAACAAGAAGCCGACCUCCUCCGCCCCGUCACCCCUCCCCCCGUCCAACAGGCAGGUGACGUACUCCCCAAAGAGCACUACGUCCUUGGAGAUGGUCAAGUCCCAAUCGUUACCUUGGAGGACCUGGAAGCCCUCCAACCCGCGUUGAAUGCCAUCAACAUGACUACUGACAGCGUGCAGGGGUUUGUGGAGAUGUACACGGAGAACAGCUCGGCCUUCUUGAAUGCCAUGAAAGAGUUGGGAUUCACUCAAGUCGACAGAAUCUGGAGCAGCUUCUGGAACGCCGAGAAGACUACCAAGAGGUACUUUUGAAACACAUUUUAAAAAACUAAAAAAUCACUGAUUUUAACAAAAAAUUGUAAAUCAAGGCAAAAACUGACGUUUUUAAGGCAGUUCUAUAUAAUUUUUGACCAAAACAAUGUCUUAAAAGUAUACUUAAAAAAACAUACUUCAAUAUUAACAUAAAUACUAAAACAAACCAAUUGUAGUGGUCUGUCACGAGAAGAGAUCACCCUCCUGUGUUCCCUCCCACAGAUCGUCAAGUUCAUCUACAGUAUGGACGUCGCUGUGUACCAAGUCGCUUUCGAGAUCCUCAUCCCCAACGUUUUGUCGCCAUAUUUUAAAUGUAAGAGCUGAUACCACCAUCUUCGCAUUACCUAUAUUAUAUUGAAGUAGUUGUUCAAACUAAUUGUACCUUUUUCAGUUUUAUAUGAAGAGUUUCGUAUGUUCAAUGCCAAUGUAUCGACCACAUUGAAGAAGAUCUUGGUCGACGUCCCUCCACCGGUUCAACAUGUAAAGCUGAAGGCCUGUAGCUUGUUAACAUACGCUUUGAAACGACACAUGUGGAUCAACCACUUCGCGACCUCAGCUCGAGAACAAGUCCUGAACGAAGCUCAGACCGUGCAGUUGAUGUACAAGGAGUUCUGUAAGAUCGAACUGGCUCCAGAAGCCGCGUGGGUGACACAGUGUGAUCCAGAUCUCGUUCGUACAAUAGUCAGCGACUUCAAAGACAAACUCUUCAGUCACAGCACGAUGGAGGAGUGGGCACAGUGGAUUGAGAAGGUGCUCGACCAGGUCAUGGCCAAGUACCACGACAAAGCUCCUGAAGUCCAGGUGAAGGUGGCCAAGAAGUUUAUGCUACGAUGGAGUUUCUACACAGACGCCUUGAUCCGUGAUCUCACGCUGAAGGGGGCCAAGUCUUUUGGGUCGUUCCAUCUGAUUCGGCAUCUGUACGGUGAAUACAUGCUACACUUGAUCGUGGUGAGGAUGGCCAAGCUACUGAAUCAGCCCAUGAUCUCUUUGUACGGUGGAGUCUUCAAUGACAGUAUGGAACAGUCGUGGAACGAUGAUGUUUAUGAAGCCGAGGCCGUUCCUAUGAACGUCAGCGAUUACAAUAAAUGCAAUGUCAACCAUCGUAACGUAAACGACGUAAGUUAAUGUAACAUACACUAAUAAAAUAAUUAUCUUAUAUAACUCUAAAAUCUGACUUCAUAUUGUAACCUUUAAAGUCACUGGAUCUAUAUUAUUCUAGGAGGAGAUGGUGUGCCAAGACCAGAACGGCUUCUACCGUUCCUUCGACGACGAAAACGGUGAGAUCAGCGUGGUGUACAUCCAGGAUGAAGGGUUAUGUCAAGUUCCUGACAUGGACGUGGAACGAUCACCAUCCCAAUUCAUCGACGUCGAGAACCCGGCUUCAGAAGAGGAAUCAACCAAAGAGAACAACAAUAUCCACCUGGCCCACUUAUGA